AUGGGACCGGAUCUGUCCCCCCAGCCCCGCCCUUCAGAGUUUCCUGAUAACUUUGAGAAGCUGUCUCCUCCCAUCCUGCAGCUGGAUGAAGUCGAGUUCUGCUACUCGCCCGACCAGCCUCUCUUCACCGGACUCAACCUGUCAGCUGACCUGGAGUCUCGCAUCUGCAUCGUCGGUGAAAACGGCGCCGGUAAAACCACCAUCCUGAAGCUGCUGAUGGGGGAGCUGACACCGGUCAACGGACUGCGACAGGCGCACAGGAACUUGAAGAUUGGCUACUUCAGUCAGCACCACGUGGACCAGCUGGACCUGAACGUCUGCGCUGUGGAGCUGCUGCUCAACAAGUUUCCUGGUCGGACGGAGGAGGAGUAUCGCCACCAGCUGGGGGGUUACGGCAUCUCCGGAGAGCUCUCCACGAGGCCGGUGGCCAGUCUGUCAGGAGGACAAAAGAGUCGGGUCGCCUUCGCUCAGAUGACGAUGCCAUGUCCAAACUUCUACAUCCUGGACGAACCGACCAACCACCUGGACAUGGAGACCAUCGAGGCUCUGGCGAAAGCUCUCAACAAGUUCAAAGGCGGAGUCAUCCUGGUAUCGCACGACGAGCGUCUGAUCCGGUUGGUGUGUAAGGAGCUGUGGGUGUGUGAAAUUGGGAAAGUUCAUCGCGUGGACGGCGGCUUUGACGAGUACCGGGACAUCCUGCAGGAACAGUUCAAGAAGGAAGGUUACCUUGACACCGAGAGCAGCGGCGAGUCGGCCAUCGGAGCUCAGCUGCUCAGACCAGAGCUGAAGCCCAUCCAGAAAGAAUCAGAAGUCACUUUAAGGUUUCCCGAUAACUUUGAGAAGCUGUCUCCUCCCAUCCUGCAGCUGGAUGAAGUCGAGUUCUGCUACUCGCCCGACCAGCCUCUCUUCACCGGACUCAACCUGUCAGCUGACCUGGAGUCUCGCAUCUGCAUCGUCGGUGAAAACGGCGCCGGUAAAACCACCAUCCUGAAGCUGCUGAUGGGGGAGCUGACACCGGUCAACGGACUGCGACAGGCGCACAGGAACUUGAAGAUUGGCUACUUCAGUCAGCACCACGUGGACCAGCUGGACCUGAACGUCUGCGCUGUGGAGCUGCUGCUCAACAAGUUUCCUGGUCGGACGGAGGAGGAGUAUCGCCACCAGCUGGGGGGUUACGGCAUCUCCGGAGAGCUCUCCACGAGGCCGGUGGCCAGUCUGUCAGGAGGACAAAAGAGUCGGGUCGCCUUCGCUCAGAUGACGAUGCCAUGUCCAAACUUCUACAUCCUGGACGAGCCGACCAACCACCUGGACAUGGAGACCAUCGAGGCUCUGGCGAAAGCUCUCAACAAGUUCAAAGGCGGAGUCAUCCUGGUAUCGCACGACGAGCGUCUGAUCCGGUUGGUGUGUAAGGAGCUGUGGGUGUGUGAAAUUGGGAAAGUUCAUCGCGUGGACGGCGGCUUUGACGAGUACCGGGACAUCCUGCAGGAACAGUUCAAGAAGGAAGGUUACCUGUGAGGCCCCGCCCUUUGUUGACUGACCACGCCCACCCCGAACAUAAACGCCCCUCACAGUGACACCGAGAGCAGCGGCGAGUCGGCCGUCGGAGCUCAGCUGCUCAGGUGACCUGCUGCGAGGUGAGGUCACCUGGAGGAGGAACGACCUCGAAGCUCAGUCCGUUCAGACCUUUGAGCUUUUUUCAAAUCUAAAGGACCAGACUGUCAAAGAUGAUUUAACUUUCAGAAAUAAAUAAUAAAAACAUCAAA